AUGCCGAUCCUUCGACCGGGUAGACUGAAAUCUUUCAUCACGGCCACCGGCGCCUUACUCCUCAUCUGCACCGUUUAUGUAUACUGGGCACCCCCGCCAGCGUCGGUAGUCCCCAGUACGGUCUUCGAGGUCCCUCUAGUCGAACGCCAAAAUGCAUUCUGGAAGGUCUUGAAACCGAUCCUCGAAGAGAGUGGACCAAACUGCCCAUCGCCUGGGCACACCAACGAUGCCGGCGCCGUCGGCUUCGACGCCACGUCCACCGACCCUCGCCCCGACUUGACAACCCUCGAAGAAAAGGACCUACAUACCAUGGAGGAGGCGCAUGCACGCUACAUCGAGGCGUGUCGGACAGCCGAGAAACUGCGACCCGUCCACUCGCCCGGCACUCGCGGCGUGGUUUCGACGGCGGGGGGAACCUACUUCCCCGUGUUUCUGUCAUCGCUGCGGAUGCUCCGACGCUUGGGCUCAACAUUGCCGGUGGAAGUAUACAUGAAGGACACCGACGAGUACGAAAAGCAGAUCUGCGAUGACAUCCUCCCCGACCUGGGCGCACGGUGCCUGGUGCUCUCGGACGUGGUCGGCAAGAACGCCAUCGAGCACUACCAGCUCAAGAUCUUCGCGGUACUGUUCUCCUCCUUCGAGGAGGUCAUCUGGAUGGACGCCGACUGCUUCCCGCUGACCAAGCCCGAGGUGCUGCUGGACGCGGAGCCCUUCAAGUCGGCGGGGCUGGUGACGUGGCCGGACUUCUGGGCGAUGACCGCGUCGCCGCUCUAUUACAACAUCUCGCGGCAAGCGAUGCCGCCCAUGUCGGCGCGCGCCUCGUCGGAGGCUGGGGCGUUUUUGGUCUCAAAGAAGACGCACCAGAUGACCCUGCUCCUGGCCGCGUACUACAACUACUACGGCCCGUCGCACUACUUCCGGCUGCUAUCGCAGGGGGCGCCGGGCGAGGGCGACAAGGAGACCUUCGUGCAGGCAGCCACCGCCGUGGGCGAGCCGUUCUACGCGGUCAGCGAGCGGGUGCAGGCGGUCGGGCACGCCAAACCGGGCGGCGGGAUCUCCGGGUCGGCGAUGGUGCAGACGGACCCGAUCGCGGACCACGCGCUGACGAGCGCGGGCCAGUGGCGCGUGCAGGACCCCGCGGUGGCCCCCGCGCCCCCGGCCUUCUUCAUCCACGCCAACUACCCCAAGUUCAACCCGGGCGAGAAGGUGUUCGGCAUGAAGUGGGAGACGGCGCCCACGCUGCGCGCCGACGGCUCCGACGGCCGCGCCUGGCUCGUCCCCGAGGACACCGUCCAGCGGUUCCGCUACGACGUCGAGCGCGCCUACUGGGCGGAGAUCAGGAACGUCAGCUGCGACCCCGCCAUCAGCUUCUGGACGUGGGAGCGCAAGGACGAGAUCUGCGAGAAGGUCGAGGCCUACUGGGGUAAUGUCUUUGCCGAGCCGCACGACGAUGAUCCCAAGUUUGGUUGA